UCUUAUGAGGAAUUCCAGUUAUAACUGGCUCCUUUGGUGGAAUUUGAGAUACACUCUCUUCUCGCAGAUUACAAAUAUUUCAGUUCCAGGGGUCUGGAGAGAGGAUGCUGUCCUGUAAUGGUAGCACCAGUGCUGGAAGCUGUGGUUCCUGGAACACGCAGCUCCUGGAACUAAGGGAGGUAUAUUUAGUCUUUGAAGGAGUUCCACCCUUCCGGGUGGUGUCUGUAGAUUAGCUAGUGUGUAUGACGAUGCAUGGGUUGAAGGAGAAGCAGCAAAGCCAGGAGAGGCUACUGGUCUGUAGGACUGUGUGAUCUGCUUAGGGCCCAGUGAGAUGGGAAGGGGAAAGUUUUAAAUGAAGGAAACACUAGGUUCUACAGGAAGUGGCACUUACAUUUUACACAGUGGUUGAGCUUAAGGAUUCAUUUGCUUUGGCUUGGUCCUAUAAAUACCUAUAGGUCUUAGAGCGAAGGGAGCCUGCACAUCAUCAGUUCAAAGUGAAAGCACUACAUUCAAUUGACUUUGCUUUUGCAAAGAUAGGGAGAUGACCAAUAACUUUUUGAGUCAGAACAAAUAGGGAAGAGUGGUUAGUGGCAUGGAAAUAGUUUUGCUCCCACUGAGCAAUAUGUCUAUCGGCAAUACGAAGACCAGAGAUACCUCUUGCAGCAUCCAAUGUCCUCAAUAACAUUCCAGUAUUUUUAAUUUCUGGCUAUACUUUUCCCUUCUCCGAGGUAUGAAGAAAACAUGAGGCACCACCAGUUACAUCCGGUGAUCAAGGCUUUCCUGUGUGGCUCCAUCAGUGGGACCUGCUCUACCCUCCUUUUCCAACCUCUAGAUCUCCUUAAAACACGCCUGCAAACCCUCCAGCCCUCAGAUCAUGGGUCUAGACGUGUUGGGAUGUUGGCUGUACUCUUGAAGGUGGUUCGCACGGAGAGUCUUUUGGGCCUUUGGAAAGGGAUGUCCCCUUCCAUCGUGAGAUGUGUCCCUGGCGUUGGAAUCUACUUUGGCACUCUCUACUCUUUGAAGCAGUAUUUCUUGCGAGGCCAUCCCCCAACCGCCCUGGAGUCAAUCAUGCUGGGGGUGGGCUCUCGCUCUGUUGCAGGGGUCUGUAUGUCACCUAUCACUGUAAUCAAGACGCGCUAUGAGAGUGGGAAAUAUGGCUAUGAGAGUAUCUACGCUGCCCUGAGGAGCAUCUAUCACAGUGAGGGGCACCGGGGCCUCUUCAGUGGCCUGACAGCAACUCUCCUUCGAGAUGCGCCCUUUUCAGGAAUCUACCUGAUGUUUUACAACCAGACCAAAAACAUAGUGCCUCAUGACCAGGUGGAUGCAACCCUUAUUCCUGUUACAAAUUUCAGCUGUGGGAUAUUUGCUGGUAUUCUGGCCUCACUGCUAACUCAACCUGCGGAUGUUAUCAAAACUCAUAUGCAGCUUUACCCACUGAAGUUUCAAUGGAUUGGCCAAGCAGUGACACUUAUUUUCAAAGACUAUGGACUACGUGGCUUCUUCCAAGGUGGCAUCCCCCGAGCCCUCCGCAGAACUCUAAUGGCAGCAAUGGCAUGGACGGUGUAUGAAGAGAUGAUGGCCAAGAUGGGCCUGAAGUCCUGACCAAGAGAGGACUGGGAAAAGGUGAAAUCUAUUGCCCUGCUUGGUUUCUGCCAAGGGCUGCUGCUGCUUACUAUUCUGCAGUAAGAUGAAGUCCUACCUGGAAAACCAGGCAGAAAUUGUGUUGCCUUUGCCUUCGGUAAUCCCUUUAAGGAGAAAAUAUAUGGACCUGAUUUGAGCCUUCAGAAUCUCCAGAAGAGGAGUCACCAAUACAUAGAGCACACUGGGGUGUUAGGAGAGAGCUUUGCAUACUCUGAGAGUCUACUUGGAAAGGCAUUUUCCCAGGAGAUCUCUGUCAGGUGGCUGCACUUCAGCCCCACACCUACACCACAGGGUCUCCUUGGGUACGUUCUUGGGCAAGGAAUCGCAAAGCCAGAGAAGCUGUAAGCUGCCUGCCGGGCCUGAGGAGCUCCAACCAGGGAAGACUGGAUGUAAGGAGAGGAGUCACUGUCACCAGGUCACAGACUGACUAAGGUGAUGGUAGGAUGAGGAGGAACAAAUGCCCUUCUUUAAUUGGUUCCCAGUCAACUUCUCAGAGGCUCUGGAGAACGGGACAGUGGCUUUCUAGCCUCUGAAUGUUCCAAAUGAAAUUUUUUGGUCUUGGCCCCUGUACUGUUUUACCUCUAAAUUCUGGCAUUUUUUUUUCCCUGCAGUUAAAGUGCUUUAUUUAUUGAACUUUAUCAUUGAAAGCUGUUUGGAAAACCUAAAA